UGGCCAGGAUGUGUGGGCGGGGCUUCACUGAACGUCAACAAAAGGCAGAAGAAAAGAGAAAAGGAGGAGAAGAACAGAGAAGACUGGAAGGAAUAAACGACAAGAACCGAGAGAAGAGGACAGAAAUGUGGCUUUAACCAGAAUUAACAGGGUCUGAACCGCGGAGGAAAACAGUCAAAGAUGGAGGCGGUGAGGCUGAUGAAGGAGCUGAGGGCCAACUACGAGCAGGAGGCCGACUUCCUGCCCAGAGAGACGGGCCUGAACCUCAUCGUGUCGGCAGAGCAGAGCGCCGGGCAGAUCACAGCCAGGAGCAGAGACGUGACGGUGGAGGACCUGUGGAGCCUCACCAGCUUCUUCGGUUUCAGCACGCAGACCUUCGUCCUGGCCGUCAGCCUGCUGGACAGAUUCCUGGCCAUGAUGAGGGUCCAGCCCAAACACCUGUCCUGCGUGAGCCUCAGCUGCCUCCACAUGGCGGCCAGAGAGACGGAGGAGGAGUGCAACCAGACGGCCAGCGGCGAGCUCAUCCGCAUCGGCCAGUGCCGCUUCACCGUCUCCGACCUGUGCCGCAUGGAGAAGAUCGUCGCCGAGAAGCUGCGCUUCAAGUCCAAAGCCGUGACCGCCUUAACGUUCCUGCAGCUCUACCACCAGAUCACGCUCACGCACGCCACCUACAGGAAGGAGAGCCUGAGCCUGGAGAAGCUGGAAGCUCAACUCAAAGCCUGUCUGUGUCGGAUCUCCUUCUCCAAAGCAAAGCCCUCCGUCCUGGCCCUGGCUCUUCUCAGGCAGGAGAUGGAGAGCAUCCAGUCAGAGGACAUGCUGGAGAUAGCCUUCCACAUCCAAAGACACCUGAAGAUCGCCGACGCGGAGCUGCAGCGGUGGGGCGAGCGAGUGGCCCGCUGCCUGAGCGACUACGCCUCGCCCAAAUGCAGCAAGCCCGACCACAGGAAGCUGCAGUGGAUCGUGUCGCGCCGCACCGCCCAGAACCUGCACAGCCACCGCAGCGCGCCCGAGCUGCCCACCAUCCCAGAGGACUGCUGGGACGAGAGCGAGAGUGACGACUCCUGUGAAGACGCCAUGAGCUCCGGCGAGGAGUCGCUCAGCAGCUCCCUGGGCAGCGACGCCGAAGGCCCGUUCUUCCCGCUGCACUUCCGCCGCCAAAAGCACCGCCAAUACCUCCACGCCUGAAGGCUCCGCCCCCCCGCCGUGCCCGGCUGUCCGUCCCGGCUCUUUAUUUUUCUAUUAAAGCUCCGCCGCCGGAGGAGAAGCGCCAGACGUAGAGCUUGGUUUGUAGACUGGUUCUGUGCAUUUAGAGACAUUCCAGGAUGUCGGAGUGACGUCUGGAAAAUGAUCUCUGCGCCUUUAAGAAGCUCAUCAUGACGUCUGAAAAAAUGAUCUCUGCGCCUUUAAGAAGCUCAUCCUGACGUCUGGAAAAAUGAUCUCUGCGCCUUUAAGAAGCUCAUCCUGACGUCUGGAAGAGGAUCUCUGCGCCUUUAAGAAGCUCAUCCUGACGUCUGGAAGAGGAUCUCUGCGCCUUUAAGAAGCUCAUCCUGACGUCUGGAAGAGGAUCUCUGCGCCUUUAAGAAGCUCAUCCUGACGUCUGGAAAAUGAUCUCUGCGCCUUUAAGAAGCUCAUCCUGACGUCUGGGAGAUGAUCUCUGCGCCUUUAAGAAGCUCAUCCUGACGUCUGGAAAAUGAUCUCUGCGCCUUUAAGAAGCUCAUCCUGACGUCUGGGAGAUGAUCUCUGCGCCUUUAAGAAGCUCAUCCUGACGUCUGGAAAAUGAUCUCUGCGCCUUUAAGAAGCUCAUCCUGACGUCUGGAAAAAUGAUCUCUGCGCCUUUAAGAAGCUCAUCCUGACGUCUGGAAAAUGAUCUCUGCGCCUUUAAGAAGCUCAUCCUGACGUCUGGAAAAUGAUCUCUGCGCCUUUAAGAAGCUCAUCCUGACGUCUGGAAAAUGAUCUCUGCGCCUUUAAGAAGCUCAUCCUGACGUCAGACCAGGCUGCAGACAGAGACAACCUGCCAGAACGGGACCGCUGAGCCCGUAAAACUUUUAUUUUGCCUGUUAUCAACCUGCAGCUGUGUGCAGGAGGUUAAAGCAGCAGCCGCCGUCGUUUUUUAAUCUACGUCCUGAUGCCUGAACUGUUCGUCCACUUCCUGAUGGUCCCGCGUCGGCCGAUUUAACGUAAAUAACACAAAACUACCGCCGCUGCCGCUUUAAGCUUCCUGGUUUUCUUUGCACAGUUUUUAUUUUCUAUGUGUUUAAGUGUUAAAUGGAGGAGGCGUGCGUAGGCUGUAGUUGUGAUCCGGUUUCUGGUAAACAUGCCGAUGUAGCUUAACUUAAAAAGUGAGAAUGUUGUUUGAAACUAAAUAAUGCUGAAUGUGUCAAAAAAA